AUGUUUAUUGAAGAUCGUAUUCGUAAUGGUGUAAAAAAAUUAGCAAAAGCUCGAACAACAACGCAACAAGGUCGAUUAGAUUCAUUUUUUACUGUAUCACAUACUGUAUCGGCUACAACACCAAAUGCUAAAAAAGCUGCAGCGCAAACGAUUCCCAACAAAGGUCUAAAACGAAAAAAUGGUGCUACAAAUGAAAAUGCUGCUAAAGGCAAAACUAGUGGUGGUCCUGGUAAAAAAUAUAAAUAA